CGGCUCGCUCCGCCACAACAGAGCCAAGAAAAGUCUCCUUUCGUCGCUCUGCUCUCUCUAUAUCUUCCACUCCUCCGACGUUCACCGUCUCCGAACACGGUUCUAGUUCCACGGCGAUGAACCACUCUACCUCCUCCGAAAGCCAGCCCUUCCCGCCGGAGCCUUCCGGCGCUGCCGGCGGAUCCGUCCCCGUCGGCGAUGGCGACCCUCGCGUCCCGCUCCUGAACCUCGCCUCCGUCGCCAUCAGGAUGGACUCGGUGCAGCAGUUCCUGUCGCAGUCCCUCAGCAGCAACACCCUCCUGAGCAAGGACCAGAUGGACAUGGUCUCCACGGAGAUCGGGUCGGCGAUUCACCAGAUCAUAGUCAACGGCGCCGCCCUGUUGGCCUGCUCUCAGAACCCUAGCUCAGAUCCGGAGUCAGGGCGCUCGGAUCCGAAGCUGCCGGUCCAAAGCCCCAUGAACCCUCCAAUGGCGAAGCUGCCGGACGUUGAAUUGAAAGACGAGAAGGACGAGCUCGAGUCCGAUUGCGAGAUCGUGGAGCUCGACGCCGUCGAGCUUCUCGCUGAGCAUGUCCACUUCUGCGACAUUUGCGGGAAAGGGUUCAAGCGGGACGCGAACCUCAGGAUGCACAUGCGCGCGCACGGAAAUCAGUUCAAGACGCCGGAGGCGCUGGCGAAGCCCGAGAAGUCCGUGGAAGUCGCUCGGAAGACCCGGUUCUCUUGCCCCUUCGAGGGGUGUAAUCGGAACAAAGGGCACAAGAAGUUCCGGCCCCUGAAAUCGGUGAUCUGCGUGAAGAAUCACUUCAAGAGGAGCCACUGCCCCAAGAUGUACUCGUGCAACAGGUGCAAUAAGAAGAGCUUCUCGGUGUUGGCCGAUUUGAAGAGCCACUUGAAGCACUGCGGGGAGUCUAAGUGGAGGUGUUCCUGCGGGACUAGCUUCUCUAGAAAGGACAAGUUGUUUGGUCACAUGGCUCUGUUCGAGGGUCACAUGCCUGCGGUCGCCGCUGAUGAUGAGGAGAAGGCAUCGGAUGUUGUUGCUAUGGAGGAUGAUGAAGAUGAGGAUGCCAUGGUUAAGGACGAGGAGUUUGCCUCGAAUUCGGCUGACAGUAGUUUCUUUGAGGGGUUGCUUGAUGGGUUUGGAUCGCUUGAUAGCUACUCUUUUCAAGAUGUCUUGAAUGGGAUGGGCAAUGGUAUGCGGGGGUUCCCCGGGGUAUGACAUUAAUCCGAUGGCCGGAUUUAUGUUUCGGAGGUGUACUUGCUGUGUUGUACACUUGAUGUUUCUGUAAUAAUAUGGAGGUUGAUUCUGUCUCCGGCAUCGUGUUUAUCAUCGUUUCCAUUAAUGAUCAUUGUGGGAUUUGUACUU